AAUCAGGCAUUUGGAAAUUGGGAAAGGUGGCAUUCAUACAGAGAAAUAGCGAAACUCGAGGCAAGUAUAGUAAUUUUAGGUGUAAGAUCUUUCGCAAAGCUUCUGAGCCAUUCGUGGAUAGAUAUACACAUAGACAAUCAUGUAGCUCUAGCUACAGUAGUAAAAGAAGGAAAGUUACCAUGGCAAAAGGCCUUGUUAAGAGAAUUUUGGAGUUUGCUGGACGAAUUGGAAAUUGGCACAGAAGGUGUUUUUGGAAUUAGAAGAAAGGUGGGGUCCCUAUACUAUAGACAGAAUGGCGGAUCACCAAAACACGAAGCUCACAAGAUUCAACAGCCGUUUUUAUUGUCCAGGAACCGAGGCGAAAGAAAAGCAUCGGCGACAAUAAUUGUACCAAUAUGGGUAUCGGCGAAGUGGUGGCCAAUAUUUUUGCUGUAUCAAACUGACUAUGUAGAAAUUCCACCACUUUGGAUAGUAUUCGAAAUAGGAUUAUCAGGGGAAAAAACUUAUUUAGAAUAUUGUGGAGUUACAGGUCAACGUGCUAUUCCGUCGUCGGAGGAUUCCCUCUUGUCAUGUUUGAUUUGGUUAGAUUUAACGGAUGCUACAUUG